UUGGUCAAGACAAACUCUGUAGGGAGUAUUUAUUUCUCAGCAACAACACAUCAUUCCCUGUCAUUCACAAAUUAUAUCAGAAGUGGAUUUUGCUUUCUCUGUUGAUCUACAAACAGUGAAUAAUUAUGGACAACACAGACCAAUACUUACUGAACUUUAAAGGCUAUAAUUUUAAUUUCCCUGUCGUUGAUGUUGACUUUCUAGAAAAUCUAGAAGAUUUUGAAAUUAGAGAUGAUGAUGUCUUCAUAGUCACAUAUCCCAAAUCUGGUACUAUCUGGGCUCAGCAGAUAUUAAGCUUGAUAUACUUUGAGGGACAUCGUAGCAGAACUGAAAUUGUGAAAACGAUUGACAGAGUCCCCUUCUUGGAAUACAACAUACACAAAAUGGACUUUCUUGAGAGACCAUCCCCUCGCCUCUUCUGUACCCACCUCCCAUAUUAUUUAGUACCGAAAGGCCUCAAGAGCAAAAAAGCUAAGAUAAUUUACAUCUACAGAAACCCCAAGGAUGUUUUGACCUCAUUCUUUCAUUUUUCAAAUUUGAUCCUUGCCAUGCAAACUACAAAUAAUAUGGAAGAGUUUUUGGAAAAGUUUCUAGAUGGAAAAGUGGUAGGAAGCCUUUGGUUUGAUCACAUCAGAAACUGGUACAAGUACAGACACGACUUCAAUAUUCUGUUCAUGAUGUAUGAGGAAAUGAAAAUGGACCUCAGAAGUUCUGUGCUUAAAAUCAGCCAGUUUCUUGAGAAAGAACUGAGUGAAGAGGAUUUGGAAGCUGUUGUGAAGCAGGCUACAUUCACGAACAUGAAGUCGGAUCCAAAAGCAAACUAUAAUGACAUUCUACGUAAUGAAGUUGGGACAAGAAAUGACGGACAUUUUAUGCGCAAAGGUGUCAUCGGAGACUGGAAAAAUUACUUGACAGUGGAGCAAAGUGAAAGAUUUGACAGAAUAUUCCAAAGGAAGAUGAAAGAUUUUCCCUUGAAGUUCAUCUGGGAUGUAAAGAAGGAGUAGAAUCAAAGUAAAAGAAUUCUUUAAAAAUCUGCUUAACUAAAAGGCAUAGUUUAAUAUACAUAUUAAUUUGCUUUCCUGCAAAUGUUCAUUAUUAAACUUUAGCAAUAAAAUAAUGUGAACUGUGCUUAGAUUAGUUGCCAUGAGUUUGAUGAACACUAUGAAAUUUCAAAAAGUAAAAUGAUUUUAGAGAUAGUCUGCAUUGAUAGCCUGUGUGAAGCAGUGAAAAACAGGAAGCAUGUAAUAUGAAUUGCAAAUCUCCUGAGUUUUCUGCACUGUGUAAUUUUUUAAUCUACACUUAAAUAUAGUAUCAAGGAAACAUUAAAAAUUCUUUUAUUAUUGUAAUUAAAUUUUAAUUGUUUGGUUUAAUAUCAUUGUAAAUUUCGAAAUAAAUAGAGAACACAUAUGUAAGAA